UAUUAAACACGUAGGAGUUGAGUUGCCUAGGUCCACGCAAAGUGGAAAUGGGACCCAGACAGGGGGGAAAUCUUGGGUGAAGAAACGACGUUAUAAAGGAGUAAAAGACUUAUAGCAACGGGUGAAGUUAGGGUGGCAGAGGUUAAGGUCUGAAGAGAAGGGGCAGGGAUCGCCGGCGAGAGCUUCCAGCGCGGAUCGCAGCCACGCCCAGCUGCGCCACCGCUCCUUCGUUCCUUUCCGGGCUCUGGAGGCGGCCCCGCUGGAAGGGGCAGACCAGCUGGAGAAGCGGGCGGCGGGCGGCGGGCGGGCCCAGGGGGUGGACACGUUGGUGUGAACCUGCGGUGGUUCAAGCGCGGCGCCGGCAGCCAUGGCGGGAAGCGAGCCCCGCAGCGGAGGCGUCUCCCCUCAGCCCCAUCACAGCGACUGGGGCCGCUUGGAGGCGGCUAUCCUCAGCGGCUGGAGGAGCUUCUGGCAGUCGGUGGGCAAGGAGCGGACGGCGCCGAGCGCCUCCCGGGAGGAGGCGGAUGAGGAAGUGGAUGUGGAGGCCAGUUCCCUGACGCGGUUGCCGAUUGAUGUACAGCUGUAUAUUUUGUCAUUUCUUUCACCUCAUGAUCUGUGUCAGUUGGGAAGUACAAGUCAUUAUUGGAAUGAAACUGUACGAGAUCCAAUUCUGUGGAGAUAUUUUCUGUUGCGGGAUCUUCCUUCUUGGUCUUCUGUUGACUGGAAGUCUCUUCCUGAUCUAGAAAUCUUAAAAAAGCCUGUAUCUGAGGUCACUGACGGUGCAUUGUUUGACUACAUGGCAGUCUAUAAAAUGUGCUGUCCAUAUACCAGAAGAUCGUCGAAAUCUAGCCGUCCUAUGUAUGGAGCUGUCACCUCAUUUUUACACUCGUUGAUCAUUCAGAAUGAACCACGAUUUGCUAUGUUUGGACCAGGUUUGGAAGAACUGAAUACAUCUUUGGUGUUGAGUUUGAUGUCUUCUGAGGAACUUUGCCCAACAGCUGGCUUGCCUCAGAGGCAGAUUGAUGGUAUUGGAUCAGGAGUCAAUUUUCAAUUGAGCAAUCAACAUAAAUUCAACAUCCUUAUAUUAUAUUCAACUACCAGAAAGGAAAGAGAUAGAGCAAGAGAAGAGCAUACAAGUGCAGUUAACAAGAUGUUCAGUCUACAGAAUGAAGGGGAUGAUCGACUAGGAACCCAGUACAGUGUAAUUCCACAAAUUCGGAAGGUGUGCGAAGUUGUUGAUGGGUUCAUCUAUGUUGCAAAUGCUGAAGCUCAUAAAAGACAUCAAUGGCAAGAUGAAAUUUCUCGUAUUAUGGCAAUGACAGAUCCAGCUUUUGGAUCUUCAGAAAGACCAAUGCUGGUUUUAUCCUGUAUUUCUCAAGCGAGUGUAAAAAGAAUGCCUUGUUUUUAUUUGGCCCAUGAGCUGCAUCUGAAUCAUCUAAACCAACCAUGGAUGGUCCAGGAUACAGAGGCUGAAACUCUAACUGGUUUUUUGAAUGGCAUUCAGUGGAUUCUUGAAGAAGUACAAUCCAAGCAUGCAAGAUGAUCAUUUUAGACCUUGGGAACUGAAACCAUGUGACACUUGUUAUAAAGGCCGUGAUGAUGUGGAUAUUUGCUCAAUCAGCUCAUUUUGUCCUGCCUUUUUGCAGGUAGGCUUUAUAUUGGAUAGCUGUAGCUGCUGUGUUUUUAACAUGAUUUUUGCUUUUUACCUUAAAUCAAUACAAGAAAAAAAGUUGCAGUGCUAGCAUUUAUCCCCAAAAUGAACAUUUUAAGAUUUUUUUUGAUAAUUUUUAUAUUUUCUGUCUUUUUAAAAAAAUAUUAAAGUCU